CACUAGUCUUAAAAUUGUCAGCCCUAGUCAAUAUUUAAUAAUUGUGUUACUCUUUUUUUAUUGUGAAACUUUUUUGUCAGUUUGGAAGCGCCAUAACGGGUAAAAUUUGGGGUGAGCCAAAUAGAAAACGUACAGUACUAUUUUUGUGGGAAACUGGAUAGCAUAGAGCUGAGGAAAACAAAAGGAUGAGAGGCUCCUCCGUUGUACUACCCCUACUUUGGCCUACACCGCCGAUCCACCGCUGGUGCGCUCGUUCCCGACUUUCCGGGUUUGAGUUCUUCUCGAAACUUCCAUCAAUUAGUUUCCCUUCAACUCAUGAUUUUCCUAAACGUUCAAGGACUAGUACUACACUUGGUGGAAUCAAUUCCAAUGACCCAAAUGAGUCGGCCUUUUUCAAUGAAAACGGCGUCGUUGAGGAUAUGGAUAGUUAUCUCAAUCAUCUUUCUCUUGAAUAUGAUUCGGUCUGGGACACCAAGCCCUCCUGGUGUCAACCUUGGACAAUAACUCUCACUGGGACACUGAUAAUUAGCUUGAGCUGGCUGGUUCUACACUCAGCUCUAGCCACUGCAGUAGUGAUGACUAUAAUCGGGGCAUGGUGGUACAUCUUUCUUUAUUCUUACCCCAAGGCAUAUUCAGAUAUGAUUGCAGAGAGAAGAAAAGAGUGUGAUAAACAGUCUAGAAGAUAUGUAUGGAGAGAGGAAAAACUAGUAAUGCAAGGGACGCCUCUUGGGCAACAAUAUUAUGUUAGGUGGAGCAGGGCAUAUUCAGAUAUGAUUGAUGAAAGAAGAAAGAGGGUAACAAACGGCCAAGAAGAUACAUAUGGAGCGAGGAAAAGCCAGUAAUGGAAGGAACAUCGCUAAGGAGCAAUUUGCAAAACGUGGGGACGUUGAUUCAUUUUCACUGUUUGCAUUUCUAACCAUGGGUCUCAAGACACAAUAGGUAGAUCAAUGUUCAUUUAUAACUAGCCUAAAUUAUUGCCCUUUCUGCAAAUGUUAGGGGGGAAGACUUCAUAUGAAUGAAACAACUUAUUCUAUUCA